AGUCGUUGUCGUCGUCCCCGUCCACGAUCGUCACUCAGAAACCAGCUGUGACUUCCAUUUUGUCCAAACCGUCUUGUGUUUUUGACAGUCCCUUGUUUUUCACGUGAUGAGAGAGCGGAUUCUAAGCAAUCAUCGGGACCCAUGAUCCUAGAUUCACUCGUAUGAUUGAAGUGGACGACGGAUCAAAUCAUGUUCGGUCGGAGGGGUUGGUUCGGGGGAUGGGGCAGCAAGAACAGAAAUCUCCACAGCACUGAACAUCUCAAACAUCUCUACGGCAUUCUUUGCCGUAACCAGAUCGUCACAGAACACAACAAAGAUCAACUCGUGGAAACCUUACGGAGCAUAUCGGAGAUUUUGAUCUGGGGCGAUCAGAAUGACGGCUCCGUCUUCGAUUUCUUCCUCGAGAAGAACAUGUUAUCAUUCUUUGUUAAAAUCAUGCAGCAGAAGCAAGGUCGUUACGUAUGCACUCAGCUGCUCCAGACACUCAACAUCCUGUUUGAGAAUAUCCGUCAGGACACUUCGCUGUAUUAUCUCUUAUCGAACAACCACGUCAACUCGAUCAUAGAGCAUCGAUUCGAUUUCAGCGACGAGGAAGUCAUGGCUUACUACAUUUCGUUCAUAAAAACGCUCUCCUUGAAGUUGACCUCGCACACUAUACAUUUUUUCUACAAUGAACACACAAACGACUUUCCGCUGUAUACAGAAGCCAUCAAAUUUUUCAAGCAUUCCGAGUCCAUGGUGCGAAUCGCGGUGAGAACCCUCACCUUGAACGUGUUCAGAGUGAACGAUGUUGCCAUGCAGAAAUUUAUCUGCGACAAGACGGCGGUACCCUACUUUUCGAAUUUGGUCUGGUUCAUUGGUAAGAAUGUCCUCGAGUUAGAUGCGUGUGCGGCGAACGCGGAUCAUCAGGUCCAAGCGCGUCUGGCGGAUCUGGUCGCUGAGCACCUCGACCAUCUGCACUAUCUCAAUGACAUUCUCUGUCUGAACAUUGAGCCUCUCAACGAAGUUCUCACGGAUCACCUAUUGAAUCGACUGUUCCUUCCCCUGUACAUCUACUCCCUGACCGAUCAGCCGACCACGCCGCGAACUUCUCCGCACGUGUCACGUAUUGUGGCUCUAUUUCUGCUCAACCAAGUAUUCCUGAUCAUGUCUCACAAGCCCUUGGUGCGCCAACUCGCCGAGGUCCUCUUCGAUGGAACCAUGGAUAUUUUCGAUCCUUCGAAGUCAUGUCUCGGCUACCGGCCCGAAUUCAUUCCGCCCGAUGAGCCGCUCGAGCUCAGUCUGCAAUCAGGAGGGACUCCGUGUGGGUCCGAAGGAGAACCGGAAGUUACGCCCGGAAACAGUUUCCACGCGGUGGUUGACGUUGGACGCGAAGAAACUCGAUUUUCCAAAGAUAAAGGCGAACGUAGUCAAGAAGUCGAAGUCGCCGAGGAAGCCGCAAUGCACUCCGGAUCGAACAUAACCGACGAGGAGAAAAUCAGACAACAGGGGAUUCCGUUGGAGGCCCCGCCCGAGCCUUCGAGCAACCAGGAAGAGCCGGCGGAUAGCCCAAGUCCAACCUCAGAGGUCCUCGACGUCGCCGAUCCAGCCACACCGCAAACUGAGGCUGCGGACGCCGAUUUCGACUUUAGCCAGAGACCUUUCUUGAAAGCCAUUUUCGACUCACUCAGUGUCGAAGUCAACGAUCAUGCAGCUUUAUUUGCCUUGAGUCUACUCUAUGCCCUAGGACAUAAUUCCGGAAUCAACCAGGAGCUCUUGGAUUCAGUCCUGAUACCUCCUGAAAAUUCAAAGUCGAAAAGCGCCUAUAAUAACGCUCUAAUGAAUCUUCUGAUGAGGAUAGUAAAACAUUCCUGUGUGUACGGUACCCGUGUGAGACUCGCUACCCUGGAAAUGGCGAUACUCCUCAUAAAGCAGCUAGCCGUAAUCAAGUCAGACGAUAGCUCUGCCAGUGUAAGCUGUCUCCGAGAGGCACACCUAGAGCUCGUGAAACGCGCCCGGGAUGAAAGCGCUCUCCUGUUGAAAGGAUUCCUCAAGAGUGAAGAAAUCUUCCUGGACAUGUUCGAAGAAGAAUACGAGCAGCUGAAAGGCAUCAACGUCGAGUACCUAACCAUGGACGGCAACCUUCUGCUGCCACCAAUAGGCACCCCAAUGAGCGGAAUGGAUUUUCACAAGCGACUUCCCUGUGGGGAGGUCGAGAGAGCCAUUAGAGCCAUCAGAGCUUUUUUCUUGAUCAGGCAUCUAUGUUUGGAACUCCAUGGGGAGAAAGAAUUGGAACUCCCUCUUACCAAAGAGGCAGAACUCGUCAAGGUCGAUCAGAUACUGGAUCUCACCAACAACGACCUCGUCGGCUGCAACGUGAUUAAUACCAAAGACGGAAGCAAAGUCAAACGCUUCAUGGUCAUCGAUAGCACGCAGAUAAUCCUCGUCGAACCGGAAGCUUCCCGACUUGGAUUCGGAGUCGUGAAACUGGCUGGGCUUCUUCAAGACAUCGAAGUCACUGGAGAUCAAAACGAUAGCCGUGCCUUGAACAUCACGAUCCAUAGGUCUUGCAGCACGAAAAUUGGCUCCAUGGCGACUCAUAGUAAGAGUACCCUGCGUCCACCGAAGCGACCACCGCUCCUCGCGGCGAAGUUCAUAUUCGAUGAUCAUAUUAGGUGCAUGGCUGCCAAGCAGAAACUGUCGAAGGGUCGCUUGAGAGCGAGGCAGAAGAAGAUGCAACAAAUCGCCAAACUGCUCGACAUGAACAUCUCUUCUACCUCGCCCAGCGGCGCACCAUCUGGAGUGGGGCCGCUGUCGGCCAAUCACCGCAAACUAGCUAGGUCAGGAUCCGGUUCUACUUCCAGUGAAUCUAGUCAGAUGGCUAGCCGUGGUUCGGCGACUGAAUAUGCCUUCUACGAGGCUCAGAAAUCUUUCGGUUCCAAUCGAUUAGUUGAAGUGACUGUCCGACCGAAGAUCCCCGGUUCGGCAGUUCCGGCGUUCUCCAAUCGUAAUCAGGAUAAGAAGAGAAUCGCCAGUCAACCUGUAGAAAUCAAAGAGAGCCAUAGAAAGAAUCGAUCGCUUUCCCGAUCUCGGGAAUCGUCUCCCCGCGCAUUCAGUCUGGCAGAUGAGGAAAUUCCUCUGGAGGAUAUGUCUGCUCACUCGUCACCCCGGUUCCCGCGGGGAGCCUCUCCUAUGUGUUCGCCAACAAAACAAAAGAGCCGGAUGGGUGGACUAUUAUCGCCCUCCACCUGUGAUAGCUCAGCAGGAGCCUCGCACGAAGCGGAAAGUUCUGGAGCACUCGACCCAUCGCAAAUGACGGCUAGAGACUUGUGUGAAACGUCACUGGAUCAAUUGAUGGUGACCCAGAGCAGUAGUAGUUUGAAAGGCCAAGUCUAUGAUAUUUGAUUCGAGUCUUCGGUCCCGGAAUGUCAGCGAAUCGGAACUCCCGCUAGUCAAGCCGCCCGAUCAAUUGUUUUUCGGUUCAUAGCUGCUAUGAUGUCUGCGAGAGAAUGAUGUGCAAUAUCGAGCGAGCGAGAAAGUUAUCCAGACGGAACUCCAGUGUGUUUUGGG